GGAGGAAAAGCGUCGUGUGAUACGUGUUUUUUCUUUAGCGAUCCCUUGUUCCAGGAAGUGUGCUGAUUGUUUAGGAUCGGCAAAAGCAAUCUCUCAAUUAUAUGGCUACUACCCCUGAAGUGAUCGAGGAAUCCAGCAGAUUGCAUUGGCACUGCUCGCUCCUGUUUGUUUCGGGCUCAGGACUCGUAUUAGCUGGAAAUGACCGAGAUGUUGAAAAUCCAGCUCAAGUCCUUGGAAAAUGUCAGUCCCGCAAAAAACAAGGUUUUCCAGUCACUGCAGAACGUAAUGAUUAACGAUCCUGGUUCACAGCUUAGCUUUCAGCUGGAUACACACACCAACAUAGAAUCAAUCAACUUCCAGUCCAGCUUCAUGACCAGGGUGUUUAAUGAGAGCCCAAAAGCCCUGCUGAUGAUUCGCAUAAACAAUACCAAAGGGAAAACCUUAUAUCUGUUUGCAGCAGAUGGGCCAUGUAUGAGGAUGGAGUAUGACUUUUUAAAGCUUGUACACUUAGCUAUCCCUAAGGAAGAGACUCCCAAAGGUUUGACUGACAUGUUCACUCUGUUGAAGGAUUUCAACUCUCGCUGGGCUGAUAUCAGUACCUUCCUGGUGGACCCUUUAUUUAAAGGCAAAUAUAUAAUUUCCAAAAUUUUCCCAUCGGCUGAGGUUGUUCUUUCAGCUUAUCAUGUCAGCAAACACAUACAGGAAGAGAUUUACAGUCUGUCGUUGCCUCAAAAGUCAGAGAAGUUGUUAACGGAAGCACUAAAGAAGACAAUGUGUUCAGCCACAGAUACAAACCUAAAGAAGAUGCAUAUGACCCUGCUACAAAUUUUAAAACCAGAUCAAGAGGCUGCCAUGAAUCCAGACCUACUCCUAGAGGAUAAGAUAUGGGCCUUACACCGCUGGAGAACUCCUCCUCAGUGCUCUGUAUAUUUCCAUACAGUGGAAGUGGCACGUAAAGAGUUCAGCAAUAUCUUCGAUAAACCCGUUGCAUUAGAGACUGUUGUCACUGAUAUAAUUAAAUUCAUACAGGAUAAAGCACAUAAAUGGCAGGUUGAAAAACUCACCUGCAGUCCAGAUGAUACAUCCCUUCUCUGUUCAGGGAAAUGUCCAAAGAAAGAGAGCUAUGGGCCCAUGUCAUCAGAUUUUUGUUUAAAAUCAGGGACAGAGUCAGACUCCAGCGUGAAACCCAAGGAGGAGUCCAAUUUGGAACCUGAGAGGCAGACAGAGGCAGGGGAAUUAAUUUGUCAGUCUCUGGAUCGCGUUUGCAUCGCUGCGGCUUCUGAUCUGUGUAUGAAGGAGUUAUGCGCUGCACAGAAGUCUGCACAGCUCUUGCUCAACAAGACUGACAAUAUGGUCAUCCAGCUUUUGGAGAAUCCUCAGGAAGUUACCUGGGAGAGCCCAAAACAAUGCACCUGCUACUUUAAUAAGUGCCUCAAACUCCCCUGUCGCCAUAUUUUGGCUGUGCUCAAUGCCAAUAAGGAGGUGCUAAAGCCUGAAAUGUUUGAUAGCGCUUGGCAUAAACAAACUAAUGGAUAUGAAAACAUACUCCCUGUGCCCAUCCCUACCUUAGAAAUCAUCAAGGGGGAGAGCAAGGGGAUUGCUGAUAAACACAUGCAAGUGGAGACCCUCAUGAAUCAGAUGGCUCAGUCAUUAGCGGAUUGCAGUAAUGAGGUUUUCCAACACCGGUAUAGUAUGCUGAGAGAGUUAGCAGACUCUUGGAUUGGCCCUUAUGAGCAGGUGGAACUGUAGAAUAAAUUUAUUGUCCGUAUUCAUUGUUCUGCCAAGUUUAGAUUGCCAGGUACAUUAGAGGCACCCAAACUGGUUCUUAGUUAUACAUGGACUGAAUAGGAGGAUUCCAGCAGACGUUAGAGAAGCAGCCCAGACAUUGCACUCAGGACCUGCUAAAAAAAAAUAUUUAUUUCAACAAAUACCUUAACAUUUCAUUCACUGUAAUUAAAUCAAAAAGUUACUUAAAAUCAAUGAUUCACAAACAAUUCCACACAGCUGGCUCUCCUCAAUAUAUAUAGCGCGCACAGAUACUCUGAAUUAUGAAAAGUAUAUUGCUCAUACAGAAAGUUGUUUAGUUAUGUAUGUAUGUGUGAAAAUAGGCGGCUAUUAUCCGUUCUUGUUUAUAUACACAUCCAGCUAUCAAGGUGUAUUCACUGUGAAUACAGUAGCAGACCACUUCUAUUCACUGCAUCAUAAAUAACAUGCUGUUAAAAUAACUGCUGUAGACCGUGACAUCACGACUGAUCCUUAGGAGCUGAUCUUUUAAAGGGGAGUCUAAACCCAAAAAAAUGAGUUGAAGUAAACUGAUUCAUAGUGCUCCUUUGAGCACGUUUGCAGUUUAAAUUCAUUUUUUAUUUUUAGUGGUUUGUGAGAUUAAGUUAGCUGUUUUAUACUGCCAGGCAGGCUUGGAUCUGCAGCUGUUUUUUGCAUGCACUUUUUGAAUUAACCCUUGGGUUGUUGAAUCCCAGUUGAACCAAAAGCCUGCUAUUAGCAGUCUAAAAUGCAGAUAUCUAAGAAAAAAUUAGUAAACAAAUAUAAAUUAUAAAAGUGAUCAGAUAAUCUUCCCUUUAGUAAAUUUAAUAAUAAGACCAGUUAAAGAGGAUCUAAACUCAAACAAUGAAUUAAUGUUAUCUUAGUCAGGGUGUGUCUCCAGCACUUUUGCAAUUUACAUUCACCUUUUUAGCCGUUUCUAAGAUUUGAAUUUGUAGACUGAAGAAUUUGGGCUUUAACUGAGAGUCAGAAACACAAGGGUAAACAGAAUACAGGAAGUGCAUAGAAAAUACAUAGACAGUUAAGGUGAUGUAUACGUGAGGGCCUCUUAUAUGUUGGGCAAUAUCAAUAUGAUCUGAUCUCUUGGGCCAACAAUUGGAUCAUAAUGGGGACCAAUGUAGGCCAACAGGAAGACCACAUCAGCACAGCGAUGCUGUCCUCAACCCCAUGGGAUUAUUAAACUUUCACAAAUAGAUUCCUACACAACACUAUCAGACAGGAAGUCAGAGAGGGUCCAUAAGGAGGCUGAUAAGUUACUGACAUAGUCUUAGGGCAGUGGCACACGGGGAGAUUAGUCGCCCUCGAUAAACUUCACUAUUGAGGGCGAUUAAUUUCCCUGACAUGCCAUCCCACCAGCAAGAAUAUAAAUCGCCGGUGUGAUGGCAUACGCGUUACUUCGGUUUUACGAAGUUGCCAGAAGUUUCCUUGUGAGGCAAUUUCGUGUGACUGAAGCCACUGCCGUUAGGGGGCCGAAGCUUAAAUCUGCGCCUGUAUGGCCAGAUUUAGGGUCGCUGAUACUUUGGGCCUUUAAAAAAACUGAUGAGCUGAAAUCAGAAUGAGACUGCCUAUACCUCCUGAAACCAUUUACAACAGAAAACGUCACCCAAUCCACUUGAGUGGCAAAAGAUGUAAUGUGAUCUGCUUAAAGGGAGUGGCAUGUUGUGAUAUUAAAAGCAAUCUGAGCCAAAUGUCAAGGUGAAGUUUGCCCCAUCUGUAUCUUAAGGCAAACUAUAUCCUUGUUAUAAGCAGACGUAAUUUCUAUUUGCAUCAUGACAGACUUUCUUAGCUACAAAUCUGUGCAGUGGGAACUACUUGGUGUGUUGUGUCUUCAAACUUUGCUAUCUAAAGAAAAAUAAAUAGAAGCCAAACUU